CCACAGAGUCACACACGCAUUUUCCCCUCCGCUGGCUACUCUUCUUUUACCUCGCCGCCACCGCGAUGUGGGAGACGGGGGAUUAGGCGGCUCAGCCAGUGCACCGACGCCCCAGAGCACCGGCGCUCACAGCCGCGUCCUCCAGGAGAACACACACACACACACUGCUGGAGACCUCCAUCACACCACCUGCUUCUCAGAGACACAGGGACCGGAGGAGAGACCUGUUAGCGAAACCAGCCUCUCUCUCGCUCUCUCUCGCAUACAGCCUUAUGUGUCUAUGUAGACACACGCGAAAUAGCGGGGUGUGUUUCUACUGCGUGCAGCGAGUCAGGCGGGUGUGGGAGACAGGACUGUGGAUUCCUCUACCCUCCUGCUCGGCUUUCUGGGUAAGCGACAGUGACAGAGCCAUCACAGAGCCCACGGAGCAGAGAGAGAAGACGAGGCAGCUCUAUCCAGCCUGGCAAGGAAGAGCGUUCCAUCUCCACGCUCUGUUGUGCUCACAUACCAGAGAGGAGAGAUCACAAUAAGAAUCCGUUUUGGAUCCCAAGAAGUGGUUUGGUUUUUCGUUUUCUUGCUGUAUGCGUAGAAGAAGAUUUUGUUUUUGGGGGGGGAUGUGUUCGUUUUGUAGCCUCCACGAAGACGUCAUUUUGGGCCGUUUUCCUGCCCCCUCCUCCUCGAAAGUUUGAUGAGCUAGCGUGCUCAUCCGUGGAUUAGCUGUCAUCGUCACGACGCAUGCUCCCCUUGUUGUGAAGGGUGUUUUUUGGAAAGCAACAAGGGCCCAGCCUGAACUAUUUUUGCCGCUGUGAAUUCCUCAGCGGAGGAAGCGAACUAACUUGAGACUGAGGCUGUGUACUGUAUCUGGUGACGGGUAAGCCUGGUAAUUACAUCACUGAGCUGGCUAAUCUCAUCGUUUUGAUCUGGGGACACUUCAACUGAGCCCAGACACAUUCACCCCCCCCCCUUCCUAAACUCUGAGAAAAAAAAGGGAAUUUUUUUCUUCUUUUUGAAGUCAGCUCGGUGCGGCCGAACCGUGUAAUUCGUCUUGGCGAAUGAAAAAAGCCUGUUGUGGCCCGGCGCUGGCUGUGCUUCCCAUGUGGCUCUAUUGAUCCCCAGCAGCGCUGGCCGACUGUGACGGAGAGUGAUGUAUGACCUGUGCACCAGGCCGGAGCAGGCAGAUCAGCCUUCUGCAGACCCAGAGAUGGAGCGCCGCCGAGGGGUCGAGGCCCCGGGCCCCCUGCAGCCCGGGCUGGGGAGGACAGGGGAGCUGGGGGCCGAGGACCCAGGGGACAAGGCCUCACCAGACACCACCACCACAGCCCUCACUACUCCCACAUCUAUGCUGGGCAAGAGACACCACUCGCUGUAUGAAAACCUCAACGGCUUUGAAGUGGAGGGUCUAUGCAAGAACGGCACGGACUACGGCUUCCUGGCGCGCCAGAACUCGGAGCUGCUCCGGGCUCUGGACGAGCUGGAUAAGACCUGCUCCACCCUGAGGGAGGAGAACAGCCUGCUGAGGAAGAGCAGCGCCCCGGAGACGGAGGAGAAGGUCAGGAGGCUGAGGAGGAAGAACACGGAGCUGGCUGUCAUCGCCAAGAGGCUGGAGGAGAGGGCGCGCAAGCUGCAAGAGGCCAACCUCAAAGUGGCCAACGCCCCAGUUCCAGUGAGGCCCGGGCCGGUGGAGCAGUACAAGCGGGCGUUUGCCCGUCAGCGCGCCCGCGACCUGGCCCAGCACGCCGACACGCUGCUCUCCAAGGACAAGGAGCUUGCUGCCCUGCAGCAGGAGUGCCGCCAGCUGGAGGCCCGACUGGGCUCUGCCAAGGGUUCCCCUGUGCCGUCAGGCGUGCUGGAGUUUGAGCGUCUGUUGAGGGAAUCCCAGAAGGAGGUCCUCAGACUCCAGAGACAGCUGUCUGUCUCCUCCUCCAGAGACCUCAGCACCAGCCCUGCCCCCGUCCCCUGCCUGCCAGACAGGACCCUGGACAGGACCCUGGACAGGACUGUGGACAGGACCCUGGACAGGACCCUGGACAGGACCCUGGACAGGACUGUGGACAGGCCCCUGGACAAGACUCAGGAUAAGACCCUGAAAAAAGCCCUGGACAGGACCCAGGAUAAGACCCUUGACGGCACCCUGGACAAGACCCAGGACAGUGCUCCACACCAGACCCCAGACACCGCUGUGGAGGUGGAGAAGGUUGCAGGAGAGACCCCGUGUGCGGCGUUAGAUGAGGCCCCAGCCAGGUGUGAGGAGCCUCCCGCAGAGGAGGAGGAGCCGGGGCUCCCACUGACCCCCCCGCCGGGCCCUAGCCCCGCCCACUCCCACCAGGAGCAGCACACCCAGGAGCAGCGUCUACAGUUGCUGGAAAGCGAGCUGAGCAGGAAGAGAAAAGAAUGUGAGAACCUCGAGCAUGAAGUAAGGAAGAGACAGAAGAGAUGCCUGGAUUUGGAGAGCCAGCUUGAGGAGGAGCGCGGCCGGAAUGAGCAACUAGAGGAGGAGGCACAUCUCCUCAGGAGGAAGGCUCAGCUGCUUGACCAGACGCGGGUUGAGAAUGAGGACCUGAGGGAAGACCUCUCCGAAGUGACCGCUCAACGCAAUUCCGUUCUCGAGGAGAACCAGAGACUCCGUGCCAAACUGGAGAACCUAGAGCAGGUCCUAAAGCAUAUGCGAGAGGUCGCCGAGCGAAGGCAGCAGCUGGAAUUGGAGCAUGAGCAGGCACUGGCUAUCCUCAAGUUCAAACAGGAUGAGAUCAAACGGCUCCAGCGGGCUCAGUUUUUCGCGAAGAGGGAGCAUGAAGGGGUGGUGCAGAUGCUGGAGGAGUUGAUCCAGCUUGUGUUGCAGAGGGAGCUGUCUAAGGUGCGGGACUUGGAGGAUAAAUGCCGCAGUCAGAGCGAGCAGUUUGGCCUGCUCUCCCACGAGCUGGAGAAGUUCCGCCUGCAAGCAUCCAAGAUCGACCUGGGCGACGCGGCCAUCCUCAGCAACCCCAGCCUCUGCCAUCUGACCAACGGCCUGGGCCUGGCUGGAGAGAGGGAUGUGGCAGCAGCGCUCCGGUUGGGGGCCACCCCCCACGCCGCAGGGCUGUCCAGGACGGAGCGCUCCCCCACCACCAAGCACCGAGAGCUGCCCACCAUCAGCAUCAAGUCAGGCUCGGCCUCCAGCACCACCAAGUCAGAGAUCACCCACCUCAGCCCCAAGUCAGAGACCCACCUCAGCCCCAAGUCGGACCCCCACCUCAGCCCCCGCAGGUCCAGCACCACGCACGAGGUGGACACGGCCAGCGAGGUGGAGGAGCUGGACAUCGACGUGGCCCCGGCGCCCUGUAGCACCGCCGGCCGAGGAGCAGCCAGGCUCCAGGUGUUCAUCUCCAGAUACAGUUACAACCCCUACGACGGCCCCAAUGACAACCCAGAGGUGGAGCUUCCUCUCACGGCUGGAGAGUACAUCUACGUGUACGGAGACAUGGACGACGACGGCUUCUACGAAGGUGAGCUGAUGGACGGGCGGAGAGGGCUGGUCCCCUCCAACUUCGUGGAGCGCGUCUCCGACGACGACGUCAUGAGCGCCCACCCUCCCGAGGGCGUGGAGGCGUCCCACAACUCCCUGCUGGACAGCAGCCUCCACAGCGCCAGCGAGCGCCACCACCACCACCACCUCCCCCCGCACCCCCGCACGGCCCCCGGCGCCUCCGACGGGACGGACCCUCCCCCCCUCUCCGCCCCCGCCCCCCCGGAGCCGCCCUCCGCCCCCCCGGCCCCCCUCACCAACGGCCUGGACCUGGACCUGGAGGAGGUGGGGGCGGACACCGUGCCUUACCCCCGCAAGCUCACCCUCAUCAAGCAGCUGGCCAAGAGCAUCAUCAUCGGGUGGGACCCCCCGCUGGUGCCGGCCGGCUGGGGCAACGUGUGGAGCUACAACGUGUACGUGGACCAGGAGCUGCGCCUCAACGUGCCGUUCGGCGCCCAGACCAAGGCGGUGCUGGAGCGGCUGGACGUGACCCUCAAGGCGUACCGCGUGUCGGUGCAGAGCCUGACGGAGCGCGGCCCCUCCGACCAGCUGCGCUGCAGCGUGCUGGUGGGCAGGGACGUGUGCGUGGCGCCCACGCAGCUCCGCGUCGAGCGCCUCACCGCCACCUCUGCCAGCCUGGCCUGGCUGCCCAGCAACAGUAACUAUGUGCACAUUGUGUCCUUGAACGAGGAGGAGUGCGAGCUGGUGAAGGCCGGCUGCUACUCGCUGUGCCUCGCCAACCUCUCGCCCAGCCGGCACUACACCGUCAAGGUGGAGGCGCGGCCCCACCGCACGCCCUGGGAGCUGCCCUCGGACCGCCGCGAGCACAGGACCGCCACCAUCUCCUUCUCCACCCUCAUGGCAGGUCCUCCUGAUGCUCCCCUGGGCCUCCAGCUGGAGGGCGGCCCGUCUCCAGGGAUAGCUCUCAUCAGCUGGCUGCCUGUCACCAUAGAUGCUGCAGGGACCUCCAACGGGGUCCGCGUCACCGGCUACACCAUAUACGCUGACAAGAAAAAGGUGUUAGAGGUCUCUUCCCCCACGGCGGGCAGUGCCCUCCUGGGCCCGUCCCAGAUCCAGCCGCUCCAGGCUGCCCAGGAGCUCACCGUCCGCACCACGUCUGCCCACGGGGAGUCCCCCGACUCUGUGCCAGUCAGCGUGCCCGCCAAGCUGACCGCCAUCAUGACGGGCCCGGCCGCGCCUACGCCCGGCGUCGGCAGAGCCCUCCCCGGCGCCUACACCGCCCCGGAACCCUCCGUCCUGCCCCCGUCGCCCUCCUACGGGAACUCUCCUGCCAAAGCCUCCUCCACGCUGCCCCACGCCUCGCCGCUCGACGCACACGCCAUGGGCCCUGCAGGGGGGGCCCCCGCCAACUCUGCCCCUGCCCUGCCCACCGAAGCCCUUCUGCCCCCUGGCUCCUACGCGGAGGCCUGGGCCAACCCCUCGUCCGCUGCCCCCCUGAGGGCUGCCUUGGCAGUGCAUGAGGCCACCCUACCACCCAGCUCCACCUUCGUCAACCCAAUGGUCAGCGUGGCCUUGCCCCCCACCCCAGCACCACCACCACCAGCGGGCCCGGCCGUGCUGGAGCACAACAGAGACACCAGCAGCCCCGUAGCGAUGCGCCCCCUCGUCUCCAUCUCCGACUUCCUGGAGGACUCCCGUGCCAACUUCAGCACCCCCGAGCCCAGCCCGCCGCAGCCCAAGGCCCCCGUCGCAGACCUGCUGGAGCCCCAGGACACCCACCCCCUGCGGCCGCCCAACGCCUCGCCCAUGGAGUCGGAGGCCGAGGAGGAGAGCGAGAGGAGCCGCCUGGUGUCCAUCGAUGAGUUCCUCAGCCAGGAGCAGAACCCAGCUCACAGCGCCAGGCAGCAGCAGGGUUACGGCGGGGCCCAGGCGGUCCCGGCCAGUGAGUACCAGGCCGAGAGCAGCCGGGGGUCGGACCUGUCGGACAUCCUGGAGGAGGAGGAGGAAGACCUCUACUCUGACCCCCCCGGAGAGAGGCAGCCCCGGGGGUACACCGUGGGAGCUAACCGGUCGGACCGCUGGGAGGUGGACAGUGACGAGGAGGUGCUGGAGAGGAUCCUGAAGCUGCCCCCCCAGGCUCCCCCCCGCACCAAGCAGCUGUUCAGCAUCCCCGAGGUGACGGACGAGGAGGACAACACCCAGGAGGAUCCCCCCCACUACCACCACCGCCCGGCCCCGGGCAGGCCCCGGCACGCGCACCGCCCCGGGGACACCCACCACAGCCCCCGACACCACCACCAUCACCACCACCACCACCACCACCAGGCCAACCCCGAGGCCCAACCGCACCACCACCACAACCACAGCGUCAGCCUGGAGUUCAGGAGCCAGGCCCAGGAGCAGGCCCGGCCGCGGCCCCAGCACAGGGUCCACUACGCGGACGCGGCGGACGCCGUGGGCUACCCCGAGGAGGAGGCGGAGAUGGACUCUGAUGCUAACCUGUACGCAGGGCCCAGCAGCGGGCAGGUGUGGACGCAGCGCGGGCCCCUCAAGGCGCCCCACCACCCCGGCCGGGAGGGGACGGUGGCCCUGGUGGGCGGGGUGGGCGACCGCCUCAGGAGGGAGGCCCUGCUCAGGAGUCAGAUGGCCGUCGCCGCGGCAACGGGCCAAGGCCCCGGCCCGGCCUCCCAGGGCGGCCCCUACCUGGUCAGCAAGACGGUGCGCACGGUGAAGGCGCCCAGCCCCGGGGUGGAGAUCGACGUGGAGUACGGCACGGACAACGACGAGGAGCCCCCGGGCUGGGCCCCGGGGGAGGUGGUGGUGGAGCAGAUGAGCUCCGAGUGGUGGGUGGAGGGGGCCCAGCCGGACGCCUCCCGCCCCGCUCUCCGCCGGCCCAAGGCUGAGCUCCACGCCUCGGCCGCCGCAGCCCACCACAAACGGGAGGGAGGCCGAGAGGCGGGGCAGGAGGCUGGGGCCCCGUGGGGGGGAGGCCCGUCUGAGCUCUCCCCUAAACUGGCCCGCUCUGUCGCCAGGAAGAUAAAAGAGAGUGUGGAGUCGGGCAGACCGAUCGGAGACAGCGAGGUUCGUGUCUUUGUGGCCCUCUUCCCCUACGACCCAGCAGCCAUGUCGCCCAACCCGGACGCCGCCGAGGAGGAGCUGCCGUUCCGAGAGGGACAGAUCAUCAAGGUGUACGGGGACAAGGACUCGGAUGGGUUCUACCGGGGCGAGUCUGGAGGUCGCCUAGGUUACGUGCCGUGCAACAUGGUGUCUGAGAUCCAGGUGGAGGACGAGGAGACCAGAGAGCAGCUGCUUCAGCAGGGCUUCCUGGCCACCGACGCCUCCAUGGAGAAGAUAGGCACUCGCUCUCACGCACAGCUUCCCCGUCGCCCUGUCCCACCGCCGAAACCGCGACGAUCCAAGAAAGUGGAGUCUGCAGCACAGUGGGAGGAGAGCUUAGACUCUUCCAGCCAAGAUCCCAGCCAAUCUGCUGUUGCCACGGGCAACCCGGAGGCGGGCCCUCGCAGGAUGGUGGCCAUCUUUGAUUACGACCCUCGAGAGAGCUCACCCAACACCGACGUGGAGGCUGAGUUGACCUUCAGUGCAGGAGACAUUAUCUAUGUAUUUGGAGACAUGGAUGACGAUGGCUUCUUUUAUGGAGACCUGAACGGACAGAAGGGCCUGGUGCCGUCCAACUUCCUGCAGGCCGUGCCGGAGACGGGGGAGGAGGGGGCCGGGGGGGGAGCCCCCGCAGAGGGGCCGGCGGCCGCCCCCAGGAGAGACUCCCAGGUGAGCGCGACCACCUCGGUGGAGCAGCUGGACCCUGGGGCCACGGGCCCAGAUGGGGCUGCCCAGCCUCGGGCAGGCCUGCACGGCCUGGCCCUCUCCCAGCGCACCGUCCUGGAGCCAGCAGCAGAGGUUGAGCCGUCGCCGCCACCACACCCUGCCCCCGCCCACGCCCACGUCCCCGCCCCCAGGCAGGUCACAAGCUCCUCCCCCCCUGACCCCCCCGCACACACAGACUCCUCCCCACCGGGCAAGAAGAAGAAAAGUUUCUUCUCCAAAGGAAAAAAGCUGUUUAGAAAGCUGGGCUCCUCCAGCAAGAAGGAAUGAGAGCUGGGACGACGGGUCCCGUUUGAAAGCACUUUUCCAUGUUUGUCAUUCGUCUCAGAUGUUAGCGGUUAACUAAUGUGUCAGUAGGACAUAUAUAUAGACCUUAACACACCUAUAAAGCUCUGUAUAACACUUCCUAGACCAGCUGUCCAGAUAUGAUGCGUAUACUCAGCUCUAUGGCCAACACAACGCUGCAACAUCAGCAUGUUCAUUUGCAUGUGGCCGUAUUUAAACUCCCCGCUCUCACAGUCUGCCUCCAAAUCCCCCCUGAUUAAGCAUUCACCAGUAGUUCACUCUUGUGAGGUUUAGACUUCAUCUCAAAGUAAUCUCUGAAGGAUUUGCCUCGAGGGGAUGUGAUACUGAAGUGAUUUGGAGAUGCUACAUCUGGACGAACUGGUGGUCAGUGUGGUGAGGCUCAUUCCAGGGUCACGGUGCGGCCGUGAGACGAGAAAGUGUGUCAGUUUCUGGUGGUCUCACUCUGUGUAGAUCUACCUGCGGUAGAGCAGCAACCUGAUCCAUUCUAAUUGGAUUUCAAACGUCCUUUUUGGUCGGUUGUGAGAAGUAUUCUGUUAUUAUAUUCCAGUUGUGUUGUAAUGCCGACUAAUUGUACAAACUGGGCAAUUUGCGAAUGUGUACAAUUGCAGUUAGUUAACUGUACAAACUGUCAGUCUGUCCAAAUCCGGAGUGUCAGUGUUAGUAGGGCGGUGUGUCGCAUGCUGUGGUGUCAGAGCAGGAAGUCCUUAGUGGCUCGCUGCAGCUGAGAUGGCCCUACAUGUGAAGGUGUCAACCCACAGGGCUGCAGGUGGACAGACACCCUGGUCAGUGCAGUGUUUCUGGGUGUGGAGGAGGGAGACAGGGGGCCUGCGGAGGUGUUUGUGGAGGAGGGAGACAGGGGCCUGCGGAGGUGUUUGUGGAGGAGGGAGACAGGGGCCUGCGGAGGUGUUUGUGGGCAGAGGAUGUCUGCUGACUGCCCACGCUGAAGCUCGGAAAUGCCUUUUCUUUUGUUCUUCAGACGACGACGCGGAACUCAUGGUCAUGACUGGCACUGGACGGGCCUGGAUGUUGUGUGUGUGCAUGUGUGUGUGCGUGUGCAUGUGUGUACUCGCGCGUGUGUUUGUGUGCGUGCGCCAGGAAGGAUAACAAAAGAAGCCCAAUGUUCCAUGUCUCUCUGCUGGUACUCAUUGGGUCAGUCUGAAGUCCUUAUGUCCAUCAGCCUGUCUGCUGCUGCACUGUCAGACUCUGUUUUAGGAGUACUGUAGGGAUAGGGGACAAGUCACUCAAACUUAACCCAAGUAUUGGUUCUUAACCGCUUAGGCCACUCUGGUAAUGUAGUUUUUGACAACACAAACACUGUAGUUUUUCUGUCUUACACGGUAGGCAAAGACACAGUGUAUAUAUGCAGUGGUUUCUGAGUGUGGUAUCCUCAUGAGAAAGGUCCUUUCUUACUGCAAUAUGUUUGUCCUGACAUUGUUUAGUUUGGCUGAUUCAGUUUAGUUUAAUUACUCAUGGGCUAUAAUUGGGUGAAAUGAUUUCUCAGGUUUUUACUCCAGUCUGUUAGUUGUGUAAUGAGCCAUGUUGUCUUAGCUGUGGCUGUCUAAACUGCAGGAUAAGAUACUUGCCAAAAUCUUUGGUGCUUUGCCUUGUUACCAAGUCAGCAAGAGCACCAGGGUUGUGUUCAGUGGGUAACAGUCAAGUCAUGAUGAAUGUGUAAUGUGAAAGAGGUAGUGUGUUUGUUAAUGUGACAGUCUGCUGCCUCCUUUCAAUAGGCCCUGUAAUGGAGGUGGAGUCAAAGCACACCUGACAGUAUAUGUUGGAGGCAAAUCUGGUUUAUUUGUUAUUUUGAAUCUUUUCUUUUGAGGGGAAGGGAGGGGGGGGGUGAGGGGUGAGAGGGAACAAUUGUAUUUUUGUACCAUCUAGUUCUGUCAUUGUUGUUGAAGGGACCCUAAUGAUUAGUGGAACAUGCCAAUGAAGAAAGGACUGGCUUGAAUGGGUUAGAUGGUGUUUUUACGGGGCUGCACAGAACCAGGAACGAGGUAGCACAGGUCGUAAUGUCAGAGGAGGUACUUUGAAGUUGCCGAAAUGUAGUCUAUUUGUAUAUCCUCAUGGCCUUUAAUGCACUGCUGUUCCCUAGCCUGCUCUGUAGUAAGAAGGCUGCUACACUUAUCACUCACCUUAGGUAGGUAGGUAGUCCCCCUGUCCCAUGAGACUGUGCCCUAGUCCAGCUCUGCUACUUCAAAACGACCCGAACCUUUAGGAAGCAUUUUAGGCAAGGUGAUAUUAUUUAGCCUUACAAGACCUUGUUUAGUCUUAAUGUGUUGUUUACAUAACUUUUAUCGACUGCAUGCAUAAUGAUGUGUACCCAUAUUCUGCCUUAUUAAUUUAUUGUAAUAUUUAUGUAUUUAUAGUUCUACUUGGAUAUAUUUCAGUAGUCUGACUGUGAAUGCAGUGGUAAGCCAAGUAUGGAGCGUGGUGUUUUUAGGAGUUUAUGUCUGUAUAUAAUGCACAGUGUUCGGUAGGUUGCUGAUGGGACUUUGACAUAAGAAGUACGGUAUUUUCAUACAGACAAGGAUUUUUUUUCUGUCGUUCCUGACCUGUAUGCAGUCUUCUAAAACCAAGUGGAAGAUGUACUUUUUGUAUAAUAAGGUUUUUAUUACCCAUUUUGGAAGUUCACCUGUAAAUAUGUGUUUGUUUAUAUUGUUUUUCAGAUGUCUUUUUGCAUGUCAAGGCAGUGUUGGUUGAAGAGGAAUAUCAGAGAUAGGGCACAGACUUGUUGACGUUGUGGCAGUUUCUUUCAAUAUGGAUCUUUUUACAGGAAUAAAGUCUAUUUUCACAGAA